GGAGUGGCGGGCUCAAGUGGGCAUUGUUAACGGUCGCCCGCCCGCCGGUCAGCUUGCCUACAGCCACGUUCUGCCAGCGUCUGCGCUCGGCACCCAUCAGAAGCAAGAAGACCAUGGUUCUGUCUUACUUGAUGCAGCUUCAUAAGCAGGAUGUGGUGAGCUGUCCCUGACAGAGUGAAGUCCCAGAAGAGCAGCCAGGCAGCCACUGGCUGGGAACCCUUCCCUGGCCUCCAGGGGGUUUCCUGCUUCCUAAGAGCAGCAAUGGAAAAGCCUACAACUAGGAAAAAGAAGAGCCAGGCUCCAAAGGAGGAGGCAGGUGCACAAAAGGCCACUGUCAAAGGAGAGAAAACAUCAAAGGGGAAGAAGCCAACCAAGAAGCCAAGAAAGCCUCGAAAACCCCGAAAAGAGCGUGUCCUGAGUCCUGAAGACGAAGCACAUAUCUUUGAUGCCUUCGAUGCCUCAUUUAAAGAUGACUUUGAGGGUGUCCCUGUGUUUGUUCCUUUUCAGAGGAAGAAGCCCUAUGAGUGUGGUGAAUGUGGACGGAUCUUUAAACACAAGACGGAUCACAUCCGCCACCAGAGAGUUCACACCGGAGAGAAGCCCUUUAAGUGUGACCAGUGUGGAAAGACCUUCAGGCACAGCUCAGAUGUCACCAAACAUCAAAGAAUUCACACCGGCGAGAAGCCCUUUAAAUGUGGGGAGUGUGGAAAAGCCUUCAACUGUGGCUCCAACCUUCUGAAACACCAGAAAACGCACACUGGAGAGAAGCCUUAUGGCUGUGAGGAGUGUGGAAAAUCCUUCGCCUACAGUUCGUGCCUCAUCCGGCAUCGGAAGCGUCAUCCAAGGAAGAAGCACUGAGCAGGGCAAUCUACAACUGUGGGUCCUUGACGGACACCUGAUGAUGGUCCAGAGUUGUUCUGCAGUGUGCCCAUCUGGCCGCCAGUCUCUGUCAUUGAAAGGAAAAUCUACAUCAGACCUGAGAGCCCACAGAGGCUUUCUGCCCUUCGAAUCUACACCUUGUGGUAUCACGGUGCUCCCUGGAGCUUCCUGAAGCUCUAGCUAUUUUCCAGACUACUUUAUGCUACUCAGGGCCAUCUCUGGAACAGCUCUGGGUUGCUGAGAACUUUAGAGCUAAAGAGACACCCCUGUUGGCAAGGGCCACUGCCUUUGCUGCCUGUCUGCACCAACCAUGUGCUUUUGUCUCUUCUUUUGAAGGCUUCUGGCUCUGCAUGUCCAGCCCCAUGUAGUCUGCUAGGGGCAAGGAACCCUGAGGUGGAUGCCAGGUAGCAUUCUGACCAACUCUGAGACUAGUCCCCUUGGACAGCACCAAGUCCUGCUCAUCUCUGUGCAGCCAACUUCAGUGAUCAUUUCUCUUUUCUGGCUGAAACAACAGUCUUUGAGCUCAACCCCUGGGCCUGGAACUGGGCUGCACUGCAUUCCCUUGUCCCAGCCACAUCUUAGACAAGUAACCUGGAGCCAUCCAAAGUCUCAGCACACCCUUGCACCCUGGCAUAGUGGCAGAUUUCCUAGACUAGGUCUUGUAGCUUCAGGGUGCCAUCAGCAGCUUCUAUCCACUGCACCUUGAAAAACAACUGUGGCCCCGCCCCAUAGCAUCUGUUCAUUCAGGUCAAUUCCACUUCUUGCUGCUUAGCAGGGCAAGACCACGUGACUGUGUCUACCACCUGCCCCGAGUGCUCUGUGAGGUCUGUGUUCUAAAGACAGCAAGUGACUGCUGACCAGGAGGGCUGUUAGAGCAGAUCUCUCCAGUAAGAAGCUCAGAGAACUCAAGAGAGUCACUGUCUACCUCUACCACAGAGCACAGCAGAGACCCAUUGGGUCAUGCUCCAGGGAGGCUGUUAUCACAGAAUCCGUUGGCACCAGGAAAGCUGUAGGUGAGUGAGUUCAAGGAGGCCUUUUGGACACCAUAUGGUGACUACAGGUCACUUUUGCUUGUUCCCACCCUGAAGUUCAAGAUAGCCACAUCAUAGUAUUCAUAAGCAACCAUUAGUUCUGGCUCACAGAAGCCUAUGAAGAGUUCCCAGCACCAGCUAUCUACUUCAGUGAAAAACAUUGUGAACAGCCACCCGGAAACACAUGAAAUCUUCAGAACCUUCCAGGUGUCUUAAGAUGUGUCCUGGGGCAACUAAGAACACUCCAGCAAAGUACUGGGAUUCUAAUUACAGAAACAUACUCAACUGCAGCCAGAGAUGUCAUAGAAGUCCAAGGCAGUCCAUUUAUUAACACCUCAGCUGCCAUGUCCAGUGGGCCUUGUUGUGCAGACAGAGUCUGACAGCACAGCUGCUGCUGAGCCUCACUUAGAACAGAGAGCAUUGCCAGAGCCUGACAGCAAGCAAGUGAAUGAGAGCUCUGAGCUGUAGUGAUAUCCGUUCCUUCAGCCUUCUCCCAGCCAAGAGAGAAGGCGGAAGCCACCUCAAGGAGAGUCAGAAGUAGCUCUGGGCUGGGUCCAGGACUCUUCUACUUGAGGAGGCCAGUGGGUUAGACUUGACUAGCUGCCUCCUUCUGUUUCUGGAAGUCUAGCUCCAGAGCACAUGUGGGCUCCUUUCCUCCUGACCUUGGAUCUGUCAUCAAGACAAUGAUUUCCUGUGCCAAUGAAUUGGGACAUUAGGAUGCCCUGAAAAGGAAGGCAGAACUGGGGCCCUAGGAAGAAAGGCUCUGUACCCUGACUCAAGGGACAGAUGCUCUAUGGCUUCUAGGGAAGACUCAGGGGAGUGGGGUCACCUCUGGUGGGAACCCCAAGUACAGUGCAGACAAGGAGACUGGUCUAUGCGCCACAUUUACCUUCAGGCCAAGCGAUGGGGCCCACCUUCAGCCUGCACUUUCCAGUGCCUAGUGCCCGUGGAGUUGGAUGUUUGCUUUCUCCUGGGUCCUUCUCAAGGAAGACAAGUGGAUUGACCUCCUGACUCAAAUCCUGUAGGACUAAUGCUUUCAUGUGACAGCUCCCAGAAAACACCUAGGUGAGGCUGUUUCCCUGCAUCCAGGCCUGCAGUCGUUGGCUUUGGACCUGCAGAGGGUUCCUGGCACCUGCAUACUGGUAGCACCCAGUUGGCCUGUCCACAUCUCACCUCAGCCACAUCAUGAUCUGGUGGAACCUCUUUCUUGUAUCUGGCUGGUGCAGACACCCAUGUGUCCUAAUGCCUCACUGCAGUGAGCGGUGCAUUCCUCUUAAACAGCUGCAGCUAUGGCCUGUUGUGUUGUAGCAGAUGCUGUCCCUGGUCUGGUAUUGCUGUUUGACACUUGUUAAUGCUUACACCCAUGUAAUACCCUUGGUGCUGUGUCAGUGUUGUGCACAUUGGACCAAACAUUCUGCUUCGUUGUGCACUUGGUGGCUUCCUUCAUAUGUGACUCCUCUGCUCCAUGGACAGUGGCACUGAUGCUCCACGUUGCCUUCCAGUUGCCACCAUUGUUCUGUGAGCAGGCGCUGUUGGUGCUGCUCCUGGACAUCUAUUUUCUCAUAAAAGUAAAUGUGUUUCCAA